UUAUUUAUCCACUUCGUUCUAAAUGCUAAAUAAACGUACAUAAUGCGGUGCAAGUGCGGGGAGUAGACCUCUUUUUUCUCUCUCCCACGACUCCCACACUCUCACACGUAAGUACUCAUACAUUGAUGUGGCUACACGUGUCCGCGUUGAGUGGUUUGAUUACAGAAACAGAAGGAUCCGUUUCACGAGUGUCGAGCCUACGGUCGAGCCCGGUCGAGCCUCUCUCGAGUGAAGUGUGCUGCAAUAGAGAAUUGCCGCGGUGGAGAGUGGGAAAUCACUCGCGCGGCGCGAUUCGUUCCUCGGAAUUCGGAUCAGGCUAUAAAGUAAUGCGUCGGCGAGCGGAACGCACGGAAUUAGGGCUCCGAGAUACCGCGUGCGGUGCUACACUGCCAUACACUGCUACGUGCUAGCGAUGGCUGACGAAACAUCGAGGGAUACGUUGCUGAGUCGCGUGAAGGAGCAGGGAGAAUUGGUGCGACGAUUAAAGGCCGCAAAAGUCGAUAACACGCAGGAGUACAGAGAGCAGUCUGAUAUAAAUAUUGAGUUAGAAGGCUUAAAUGGUGAUUUUGCGGAUAUCAGCUAUGUCUGUGGUUGGUGUCCAACGUCCAAGGACGCCGAACUAUUCGACACGUUGCGUAUCAUCCUUAAUGGUGAGCUUGCAAGGUGGCCGCAUCUGAACAGAUGGCAUAUUAACAUGAAAAGCUUUAGUCAGGAAGAGCGUCUAGUGUUUCCUGUUGUGGAAACGCCGCUCACUUCCUUGGCAGAAAAAAUUGAGCGGCUAAAGGGCACUAACUAUAUUAGCAAAAGUAUGCUAGACAAAAAGAUAGCAGAGGAAGUUGCCAAGUUGUUGGACCUGAAAGCACAAUUGGGAGAGGAGAAUGGUUGCCCUCAUAAACUCAUCCUCAAAACGCCAAAAGGCACGAGGGAUUAUAAUCCGGAGCAAAUGGCACUGCGAUUGGGAGUGUUGGAAAAAAUAAUAUCAGUAUUCAAGCGUCAUGGCGCUGAGACGAUAGAUACGCCUGUAUUUGAGUUAAAGGAUGUCUUGACAGGUAAAUAUGGUGAAGACUCCAAGCUUAUUUACGAUUUGAAGGAUCAAGGUGGUGAGAUUCUCGCACUUAGAUACGAUUUGACAGUUCCUUUCGCGAGGUAUCUAGCCAUGAGCAAGAUUUCUUCUAUUAAAAGAUAUCACAUCGCCAAGGUUUAUCGAAGAGAUAACCCAGCCACAACGAAAGGCAGAUACAGGGAAUUUUAUCAAUGUGAUUUCGAUAUCGCAGGUCAGUAUGAUCCAAUGUUAUCAGACGUGGAAUGUAUUCGGGUUGUGUGUGAAGCGUUAGAAGCUCUGAAUCUGGGACCAUAUUCAAUUAAGGUGAAUCAUAGAUCUUUAUUGGACGGCAUAUUCGCCGCGUGUGGUGUGCCACAGAGUAAAUUUCGCAGCAUCUGUUCCUCCGUGGAUAAACUGGACAAGAGUCCAUGGGAGGAGGUAAAGAAAGAGAUGACGGACGAAAAGGGAUUGGAUGAACAUAUUGCCGAUAAGGUCGGCAAGUACGUCUCGCAAUCCGGUGGAGUGGAACUGAUAGCCGAGUUGAGGAAAAACAAAGAGUUGAUGAAACAGUCUGUCGCUGUGCAAGGUUUAGACUCUAUGGAACUAUUGCUAAAGUAUUGCGGCAUCUACAAAAUUCUGGACAAAAUUAAGUUUGAUUUGAGUCUCGCGAGAGGGCUUGAUUACUACACGGGUGUUAUUUACGAAGCUAUAUUGUGUGGAGACGAUGUCGGUGUUGGUAGCGUAGCAGGUGGCGGCCGUUACGAUAAUUUAGUAGGAAUGUUCGAUAGCAAGAACAAAAAUGUACCUUGUGUCGGCGUUUCGGUCGGUGUGGAGCGGAUAUUCAGUGUUAUGGAGGCGAAAUUGGCAAACAAGGGCCUAAAAACGCGUACUACUGAGAUUGAGGUGUUUGUAGCCAGCGCGCAAAAGAAUCUGCAUGAGGAAAGGAUGAAGAUACUGGUGGAUCUAUGGGACGCCGGCGUGAAGGCGGAACAAUCUUACAAGAAGAAUGCCAAGCUCUUGGCGCAGCUACAACACUGCGAGGAGAACGGCAUCCCACUGGCAAUAAUCAUCGGGGAAGGCGAAUUGGCGAAGGGUGAAGUUACAUUGAGAGUCGUCUCGACACGAGAGGAAACUCGCGUGCCACGUAGCAACCUCAUCGACGAAAUACGGAGACAGCUAAAAACAUCGUAGCAUUCCCUAUGCUCAACCUUUCGCAGUUGAGAGAUUUACAUCAGUACAAGAAAAUACUUAUACUGCAUUUAGUUUCAUUUCAAUUCGCGUGUUGGAACAGUUUAUUUAUUAGAUUUUGCAUGAAUUUAUUUGUAUUAUUUCGCACGACGUGCUAAACGACCGUGAUAAACUUUUUGUCAUCGAUAGAUGCUAACUGUGAAGUUAUACAAGUGAAUGCACGCGAGGAAGUGUAACUACACUUAUCACGUGUGAACAUAUAGGUACAAUUUCUAUAUGAAUAAUUCUUUAAUAAUCCGAAUUUCUCCGGGUGAAAUCUAGAAUUUAACCGGAUCUUUAAUUUAACUGGUAAUAAUUCACAGCUUCGAGUUACAGCUCGAAAAACCAAAUACAUCUUUAUAAUUUAUUCUGUAAGAACUUGUCAAUAAAAUACUGUAAAUU